GGGGCGGGCCGAAGCGUGGUACCGCCUUCUGCCCUGAGCGCGCUGCGUUCUGUGCCCGCCGGCCCGCGCCAUGGGCUGCCUCUUUGGGCGCGCCGUGCUGCGGGCGUUGUUGUGCGGGCCACGCAUUCCAGGCCUGCUGGUGCGCCCCAGUUCCGGAGGGCCUUCCUGGCCCCAGGAGCGUACCCUGGUUGCGGUGAAGCCAGAUGGGGUGCAGCGGAGGCUCGUGGGGACUGUGAUACAACGCUUUGAGAGGCGGGGCUUCAAGCUGGUGGGGAUGAAGAUGUUGCAGGCACCAGAAAGCAUCCUUGCUGAGCAUUACCGGGACCUGCAGAGGAAGCCAUUCUACCCAGCCCUUAUCAGCUACAUGAGCUCUGGGCCUGUGGUGGCCAUGGUCUGGGAAGGGCACAAUGUGGUCCACAUCUCAAGGACCAUGAUAGGACACACUGACUCAACCGAGGCAGCCCCAGGGACGAUCAGGGGAGACUUCAGUGUUCACAUCAGCAGGAAUGUCAUUCAUGCUAGCGAUUCUGUGGAGGGUGCCCAGAGGGAGAUCCAGCUGUGGUUUCAGAGCAGCGAACUGUUGAACUGGGCAGACGGCAGUCACCACAGCAGCUGCAGCCCAGCCUGAGGGUUUGAACUGCCCAUUGUUCUUCAGGGUUCAUCCAUGACCAACUACCUCUGCCAACAAGAACCCAAGCCCAUACCCUCCCCCUCUUCAAAACCACACCUUGUCCACCUUUAGUCCAGCUCCAGCCCAGGGGAGUCCAAGCCUCAACUUUAUGUGCCUUGUAUCCUAAGCCAGCACAAUAUUGGAUCAUAUCCUUCUAUACCUAAGUGCCAGACAACAUUUUGGACAUUGUCAGAGGUGAUUUUGCCUGCCCCAGAGGAGAGACAUUAAAAUCUUCUGCUUUAAA